AUGUUGAGGGAACAAUUGCGAGUGCAUAACAAACGUCAAAAUGCACAGACAACCAUCCAAGAUGAGAAUAGCACUACUACUGUUCACAAAUGGUAUAAACCGGACAACGGUGCACCCAACCAAAACAAGCCAGUGGUACAGGCACAAGAGAAGAAAGGGGCACGUGAAGAGCGUGCAUGUCCCUACUGUCUGGUGAUGCUAGCCCCACAUCGGUUCAGUAAAUGUCUCAAGAAAAAGUUGAAUCAAGCCAAGCAGGCUGAGGAGCGGGCCAAGAAGGAUGUGCAAAUAGCAAGACUGUCCAUUACCUCUGACAACGUAGAAGACAUAACAGAAGGUGAUGAGCACUAA